UGAAUGUCGCCCGUUUUGGAUUAGCCCGCAUCGUUCACGUCAAUAUGAUAAUAACUGCUAAGGUGGUUAGCAUUUGUCUGGGCGUGGCACUCACUGCCUUCACCAUCUCCACAAUCGUGCUGGCCGUGCAAAAGGCGAAUUUGACGGCGGACUUGCGCGAUGCACAGGAGAAAUUAGAUCAGCUCGAGGCUGGCUUCACGUCCACCACGGCUGUACCCAGUUCCCCGACUGAGAGCACCACUGUGGAGCCGGGCCCCACAGAGCCGCCGGAGAAAAUUGACUAUCGUCUGCCGACUGCAUUGACACCCACAAACUAUGAUCUCUAUUUGUAUCCGAAUAUCGAGACGGGUGAGUUUACGGGCGAGGAGACAAUUAGCAUAACCGUGAACGAUCCUACGGAUAAGAUAGUACUACAUUCGCUAAACUUGAAUAUCAAGAGUGCGCACGUCUAUCAGGCGAUGGAGCCAACCAUUGCGGUCAAGGACUACGAGUUCGAUGCGAUUCGCGAGUUUCUCAUCAUUCACUUGACCCAGGAUCUGGCCAAGGGUGCAACUGUAUUGCUCACCCUCGAGUUUUCCGGCAAUAUGGAAAAUAAAAUUGUUGGCCUGUAUAGCUCGUCCUAUGUGAAGGCCGACGAAAGCCGCAAAAAGAUAGCCACCUCCAAGUUCGAGCCGACCUAUGCCCGCCAGGCGUUCCCCUGCUUCGAUGAGCCCGCCCUGAAGGCCACCUUCGAGAUCACGUUGGUACAUCCGAAGGACGGCGACUACCAUUCGCUCUCCAACAUGAAUGUGGAGGAUCAGCUGGAGAAGGACACUUACACAGAGGUGCGGUUUGCCAAGAGUGUGCCGAUGAGCACCUACCUCGCGUGCUUCAUUGUCUCCGACUUUAAGUCGAAGACAGUGAAAAUCGAUACGAAGGGCAUUGGCGAGCCCUUCGACAUGGGCGUCUAUGCCACACCCGAACAGAUAGAGAAGGUCGACUUUGCCACGACGGUGGGCAAGGGCGUCAUUGAGUACUACAUCGACUAUUUCCAAAUCGAGUACCCGCUGCCCAAGCUGGAUAUGGCCGCCAUACCCGAUUUCGUGUCGGGCGCCAUGGAGCACUGGGGUCUGGUCACCUAUCGAGAGACGUCUCUGCUGUACGAGGAGGCCACCAGCUCCACGGUGAACAAGCAGCGCGUCGCCAGUGUGAUAGCCCACGAGUUUGCGCACAUGUGGUUCGGUAAUUUAGUUACUAUGCAUUGGUGGAAUGAUUUAUGGCUGAACGAAGGUUUCGCCAGCUUUAUUGAAUAUCUGGGCGUGGAUUCCGUCUUUCCCGAAUGGAAUAUGCGGGAUCAAUUUAUUGUGAGCACUUUGCAUGCAGUGUUCAACCUGGAUGGCACUCUGGGCUCACAUCCCAUCAUUCAGAAGGUUGAGAAUCCAGAUCAGAUAACAGAGAUCUUUGACACCAUUACGUAUUCCAAAGGCUCCUCGCUGGUGCGCAUGUUGGAAGAUUUUCUGGGCGAGACAAUCUUUCGCCGAGCGGUUACCAAUUAUCUAAAUGAAUACAAAUACCAAAACGCCGUAACGGACAACUUCUUUGCCGAGAUUGACAAAUUGGGGCUGGACUUUAAUGUGACGGACAUCAUGCUGACAUGGACGGUGCAGAUGGGUCUGCCGGUAGUCACGAUCACCAAGGUUACCGAUACUGAAUACAAAUUGACACAGAAGCGUUUCUUGUCCAAUCCAAAUGACUAUAACGUGGUGCAUGAGCCCUCGGAAUUCAACUAUCGCUGGUCCAUACCCAUCACAUAUACGACCAGCCAAGAUCCCACGGUGAAGCGCGAAUGGUUUUAUCACGAUAAGAGCGAAAUCACUAUAACCGUGCCCACGGCUGUAAAUUGGAUCAAGUUCAAUUACGAUCAAGUGGGCUAUUAUCGCGUCAACUAUGAUCAGUCCCUCUGGGCGUCGCUGGCCGAUCAGAUGGUGGCCAAGCCAGAGGCAUUCAGCGCCGGCGAUCGCGCCUCCCUGUUGAACGAUGCCUUCGCCCUGGCCGAUGCCACGCAGCUGCCCUACGAGAUUGCCUUCGACAUGACCAAGUACUUGGACAAGGAGGUGGAGUAUGUGCCCUGGAGCGUGGCAGCUUCCAAGCUGACCUCGCUGAAGCACACUCUCUUCUACACCAGCAGCUAUGCCAAGUUCAAGAAAUAUGCCACAACUCUGAUUGAGCCGAUUUACACGUCGCUCACCUGGACGGUAGGAGAGGACCACUUGGAUAACCGCCUACGUGUGACCGCCCUGAGUGCGGCUUGUUCGUUGGGUUUAGAGUCCUGCUUGACUGAGGGCGGUCAACAGUUCAAGGCCUGGCUUGCCACGCCCGAUACGCGACCCAGUCCUGAUGUGCGCGAGACUGUCUACUACUAUGGUAUGCAGUCGGUGGGCAACCAGGAGAUUUGGGAUACCGUCUGGGAGCUGUUCGUCAAUGAGGCCGACGCCAGUGAGAAGUCGAAGCUGAUGUAUGGCCUGGCCGCCGUGCAGGAGCCUUGGCUGCUGCAGCGCUACAUUGAUCUGGCCUGGAAUGAGGAGUAUGUGCGCGGCCAAGAUUACUUCACCUGCCUGACCUACAUCUCGGCCAAUCCCAUGGGCGAGUCGCUGGUAUGGGACUAUGUGCGCGAGCACUGGCCGCAGCUGGUGGCCCGCUUUGGCCUGAACGAACGCUACUUGGGCAAUCUGAUACCAUCGAUAACGGCGCGAUUCCACACUCAGACCAAGCUCGAGGAAAUGGAACAGUUCUUUGCCAAGUACCCAGAGGCGGGUGCGGGCACAGCAGCGCGCGUGCGUGCCCUGGAGACAGUCAAGAACAACAUUGUGUGGUUGGCCGAAAAUCUCGAAAGCGUCGAUGCCUGGCUGGAGCAGCAACAGCGACUGAACCUGAAUUGUGACCAACUUCUUCAGUUAGCGAUCGUCGGUCGAGGCAUCAAGAUGUUUUCGAACGGCUAUGGAUUAAGCGUGUUUCUGCUCUUCGCCGUUAUGGUCUUCCUUGUGGGGGCAGAUCUGCGAGAUAUGAGGGAGAAGAUUGAUAUAUACGAGACGCCAAACGAUACGCAGAUCUACAGAUCUAGAAGAGCAAUGCGCGGAACUAAAGAGGAGAUCGACUACCGCCUGCCCAAAACGGUUAAGCCCUCCAGCUAUGAGCUGUAUUUGCAUCCAAAUUUGGAGGCGGACACCUUUAUGGGCCAAGAGAAAAUCCGUAUCAAUGUGCUAGAGACAACCAAUCAAAUCGUCUUGCACUCACAAGACCUGGUCCUGACCAGUGUCUAUGUAAUGAAUCACGAGGUGGAGAACUACGAGUUGGAUGAGCUGCGUCAGUUGCUGAUUGUCAAUAUGAAGGAACCCCUGGCCGCGAAUGUCGUCGUCACGCUGGGCAUCGUCUUCGAGGGAAAGUGGUUGGGCAAACUGGAAGGACUCUACAGCAGCAGCUACUCAACGCCCGCGGGACAGCGUCGCAAAAUUGCGACGACCAAGUUUGAGCCAACCUAUGCCCGUCAGGCGUUUCCCUGCUUCGAUGAGCCCGCUCUGAAGGCCACCUUCACUAUCAGCGUGGUGCAUCCCAAUUCCGGCUCUUAUACAGCGCUCUCGAACAUGAACGAGGAGGAUUCCAUGAAUCUGGGCGAGGAGUCAAUGGUCACUUUUGCCAGCAGCGUCCCAAUGAGCACUUAUCUCGCCUGCAUCAUUGUCUCCGACUUUGACUCACAGACGGGCACGGUCAAGGCCAACGGAAUCGGAAACGAUUUUACAAUGCGCGCCUUUGCCACGCCUCAUCAGCUGCAUAAGGUGAAGUAUGCCUUAGAUUUUGGCAUUGCUGUCACCGAGUACUAUAUCAAAUACUUCAACGUGGAGUACCCGCUGCCCAAGCUGGACAUGGCGGCCAUACCGGACUUUUCCUCCAAUGCCAUGGAGCACUGGGGUCUGGUCACCUACAGAGAGACGGCGUUGCUCUAUGACGAGAACUACAGUUCCACGCUGAACAAGCAGUCCAUUGCUGGUGUGCUGGCCCAUGAGAUAACCCAUCAGUGGUUUGGCAACCUGGUGACCAUGAAUUGGUGGAACGACUUGUGGCUAAACGAGGGAUUCGCUCGCUUCAUGCAGUACAAGGGCGUGCACGCAGUGCAUUCGGACUGGGGCAUGCUGGAGCAAUUUCAAAUAUUGGCUUUGCAGCCCGUGCUCGUCUACGACGCCAAACUGUCCUCGCAUCCCAUUGUGCAGAAGGUGGAGUCUCCGGAUGAAAUUUCGGCCAUCUUUGAUACGAUCAGCUAUGAGAAGGCGGGCUCUGUGCUGCGCAUGCUGGAAUCCUUGGUGGGCUCCGAGAAGUUUGAGGCUGCUGUAACGAGCUAUCUGACCAAAUUCAAGUACGCCAAUACCGUCACGGAUGACUUCCUCACUGAGGUGGCUGCCCAAUUCAGCGAUUUGGAUGUGAAGCUAUUGAUGCGCACCUGGACAGAGCAGAUGGGCUAUCCGGUGCUGAAUGUACGGCGUGUCGGUGAGACUGAUUUUAUGAUCGAGCAACAGCGGUUCCUCUCCAAUAAGGACAGUUACGACGUGGUGGUAGAUCCCGUUGAGUUUGGCUACAAGUGGACCGUGCCUGUUACCUACAUUCUGGACAACUCACCGGUCACUGAAGUCAACAGUCGUGUUUUUGAGUACAAUCAAGAAACGUUGGAUAUUGAGGUACCAACGAGUGCCAAGUGGAUCAAGCUGAACGUACGUCAGUUGGGCUACUAUCGCGUCAACUACGAGUCCAGCAUUUGGCAAGCUCUCAUCCAGCAGCUAAUUACUCAGCCGACGCGUUUCGACGUCGCGGAUCGAGCUCAUCUACUGAACGAUGCUUUCGCCCUGGCCGAUGCCAGCCAGCUCUCGUACAGAGUGCCCCUGGAGAUGACCGCCUAUCUGCCCGACGAGCGUGACUUUGUGCCUUGGUAUGUGGCUAGUAGUGGACUGUUUUCGUUGCGGGAUCAGCUCAUGUUCACCGAUACCUAUGUUGACUAUAUGAGCUAUGCACGCACCCUGCUGACGAAUGUCUACAACCAGGUCGGCUGGACCGUUGAGCAGGAUAACCAUUUGGGCAAUCGUCUGCGCAUGUCUGUGCUGAAAUUAGCCUGUGCACUGGAGUUAAAGGAUUGUCAGGAGCAAGCAGAGCAACGCUUCACCAAAUGGCUCAACGCACCAACUGCGGAAAAUCGUCCAGCGCCCGAUCUGCGCGAGGUAGUCUACUACUAUGGCAUGCAGCAGGCGAGCAACGAGAAGAACUGGGAGGCGCUGCUGGAGCUGUUCAAGGCGGAGUCCGAUGCCAGCGAGAAGUCGAAACUGAUGUAUGGUCUGUCCGCUGUGCAGGACGCUCAGCUGCUUUACCGUUUCUUGGACCUGGCCAGCGAUGAGACUAUUGUGCGCUCCCAGGACUAUUUCACCGCUGUGGAAAAUAUCGCUAACAAUCCUGUAGGCCUGCCCAUUGUAUGGGACUACUAUCGGGAGAAUUGGCCCACUCUAGUCGCACGCUUUGGCCUUAACAAUCGCAGUUUUGGCAGAUUAAUUGCCAGAAUAACGAGCAAAUUUUCCAGUGAACAAAAGCUGCAGGAGGUGGAGUCAUUCUUCCUUAAAUAUCCAGAGUCGGGAGCCGGCGCUUCGUCCAGGCAGGAGGCGAUCGAGACCAUCAAAUAUAAUAUCAAUUGGCUCAAGGCGAAUAAGAACGAUAUUGCCAGUUGGCUGGGCGGUUCGCCUUCCCCAAUGACCUCUAAAUACCCAUUGUAAAAUACGAAAAAAUUUUCCCAUAUCCAAUAAAUGUCGAUUCACCAAAAA